AUGUCGGCCGACGAUGUGACCACUGAUGCUUAUGCCAUCCUGGGAGUUGAGUGGAAUGCCCGAAUCCAGGACAUCAACCUUGCUUACAAACGACUCGCCUUGAAGCUUCACCCAGAUAAGGCUGGAAAUAGCCCUGCAGCCAUCGAACGAUUCAGAAAGGUUCAAGAUGCUGUUGAGCUUCUCCGUGACGAAGACCGUCGGCACUUGCUUGACGAGGCCCUGAAAAAGAAGACCAAGAGACAUCUAGAUCCCGAGGAUGACAGAGCCUACAGGGGUAGUCGCCAGGGUUCCUCCAAACGAGAACGCCACGGAUUUGAUUUUGAGUACUGGCCAGGCCAAUUGUACCAACGCCAGUACGACGAUGAUUACUACUACAGUUAUGGAACAAGUGUACACAUGGACCCAAAUUCGGCCGAAAACAAAGCAAAACGUGCCCAAUUCCAGGCCGAGAAUAUCCAGUGGGAGAACGAAUGGGCUGGCAUUGACCCAGAAGAGCAGAAGGCACGGGCACAGUCCCGCAAGGAUAGCAUGCGGGCUCGGGUGCAGCGUGACCUAGAAGAGAUGUCCGAAGAAGAUUUCGAUGACCUCGCCUCUGGCCAAGGUCCCAAUUUCAAAGAGUUCAUGGAUGCUCUGCCUGAAGAGAAUACCAAGACCUGCAACCCUGCAGACACAUUCGACUCAUUUUCCUAUGAAUACUCCAAGCAGUUCGGUUCUUCUCCAGUCCGCUCUGGUUGCACUUCAAGUUCUCGGUCUACUACUAGUUCUGCUAGUAACGAUCCGUCCGUUAACAUCUCAACAAGUGGCAACCCCACCAACUAUGCUCAUUCACCGGGCGAGUACUGGAAUUCCAAAUCCACCGCUGAUAAUUCCAAUGAAUACUCUCCAAACUACUUUCAUCCAGCCAACGACCACUGGAGUUCCAAGUCCAUUGCUGAGUACUUGGAUGAACGUGUCCCAGGGUCCACCAAUGCAGCCAACGAGCACUCGACUUUCGCGUCCACUGCUGAGGAUUCCAAUGACAACUCUCCAAACUACACUCAUCCAGCCAAUGAUCACUGGAGUUUCAAGCCCGUUUCUGAGUACUUGAAUGAACAUGUCCCAGAGUCCACCCAUCCAGCCAACGACCACUGGAAUUUCAAGCCCAUUGCUAAGUACUUGAUUGGACAUGUCCCAGACUACACCCAUUCAUCCAAUGAGCACUCGACUUCCAAGUUUACCGCCGAAGAUUCCGAAUCUACCACUACCGAUUCCACAUCUACCGAUUCCAAUUCUGAUGCUGACAAACUGAUCAACUCCUUCCUGGCGCGCCAUGAGUCCUUUGGCCCUCUGGUCUCAUUCUACAAGCAAAAGCUUGCCGACCCUCAAGGACGCUACACCGUCGAUGACCUCGCUGGUGAGCUUAACGGCCUUGUGUUGGAAACCUAUUGUGGCUGGUUGGAAGAUAUUCGUCUUUCAUUCCCGAAUGCCUCACGUAUGACAGCUCGGACUGAUCCCUCCAAUUGCUCCCACCGUGGAUUCUGGGACAAAGAGUUCUGCCGUCCCAUGUGCAAUGUUUGCAACAUGUGGAUGCCUACAUACAUUCUCACCUGUCCUGGCUGCGGUGUGAUGGCUUGCGUCGCUUGCGUCCGGUGUAAAUUCACCGGUUCUACGUCCUUCGUGGGGUCUUUGAUGCAGGGGCAGUGA